UAUUAUUAAACAUGGCUGCGCCCAUUAAGUACACCGCGGUGGGCCUUUUCCUGGCGAUAAUCGCUGAUUUAUCAGGAUUAGUUCACCUUGAUGAUGAAUUUGAAGGAUCAAGAACAUUAACUCUAGAACACUCUUUUACAUUAGAUGGUAAUGCUGUAUUUAGUAAGAGAGGUACAGUUGUCAUCCGAUCUUUAAAGGGUAAUAAAGCUCAUUUUACUCCAGCUUCAGAUUUUACAAGAGAGGAUAUCAAUUUAUUAAAGAAAACAUCAUCACAGAAAGGUUUAUAUCAGUUACGAGUUCCUGUUAAAGAAGGAAGUCAACAAUAUGUUUCUACAUUCAUUCCAGCGUGCGCAUUAUAUGAAUCAAGUCUUAAUGAUCAGCUGACCAUUAACUUUGACCAAUCAGGUGAAGUUCUGGGUUUAUCUAUCGUCACUACACCAGGUAUUUGUGUGGGUUUGAACGUGCCAGUCUCAAAUUUUUCCGACUGGAAAACAACAGUUGAAGUGAUGCAGACUGUUUCUGGUCCAGUCCCUGAUACUCAGACAUACAUUGAUAAAAUGAAUAGAGAUAAAGUUGAAAAAGAAAAGGGAGGUCAAAGCGAUAACAGAUCAUUUUUUGGAAAAUAUUGGAUGUAUAUAGUACCAGUUGUAAUAUUAAUGAUGAUUGCCACAUCACAAGAUCCCAAUGCGGGCGGAGGAAGAUAGUCGAUAUAUAAUAUAUUUAUAUAUAUGUAAAUUAUUUCUUUCAAAUUUUGAAUGACAACCAGAUGGAAUUUUAAGUGAAGAAUUUUAUAAUAUAGUGUUGAAUGUUCCAGAAGUCCAGUAAUCAUGUUCCUUAUAUUUAAAAGCAACCAAAAAUAAGUGUUGAAAACUUGUUUUUGAAAUAUAUUAGUAAUUUAGGUGAUAGAAAUGAGUUAUCCUUAAGAGUCUAUAUAGAUGGUGGCAUGAAAUCAAUGAAUUCUGGAUAUCCAGAACUAGUCAGAUUUAAUCAAUUUCAAUAAUUUUUGGACCAAUAAGAUAUUUGGAAAUACUACUUUCAUUGUUUUUGGUCUGGAAUAUAUAACCUACACAAUAAAAAAGCACUUUUACCAGAAAAAAGCAUAUUCGUCUGAACAUUUCUAGUAUGGUACCCAGAUCACUAAAUCUUAACAUGUGUUACAGCCUUUCUUAAUGUUUGCAUUACUUAUAUUAAUUUCUUACCAUGAUCUGUAUACGUCAUGGAACUUCAACACUAUCUAAAUGUUAAAACUUCAGGUGUUAACUCUUAUCAAGAUGAACAUUCUAUCUAUAUACUUGCAUUUAUUCUUUAUAUGUUAUGUAGGAGUGGUUGUUCUUAAAAAUUGAAUCAGUUCAUUUUAGAUAUCAUUAGAUGUGAAAUUUAAGAUCUUUGUAUGUUUUUGUAUAGCUCUAAUACUUGUAUAUUUGUCAGAUAUAAUUGUAUAAUUUGAAGGAUUAAUAUUAAUCAUUGAUUUUUGUGAAAAAGUGGAAAUGUGAAUUUGACUGUGUGAAUUUUAUUUAAUAUUGUGUCAUAAUCUUGUUAUUAGUCUGAAAUAGCAGACUCUUUCUAUAUUUUUUUCAAUGGGUAUCUUGGAGAGCUGGAGCCAGGAGAGAGUCAGUACAACAAGGCACUAUUUUUGGUCUGAUUUCAGAUUCCCUUCUGAAACACCAUUGAUCAAAAAGUUAAAUAUUCGCUUUUCCAAACAUGCAUCCUAAACAUUACUAUUACCUUCUCCAAGACAAUAUUACAUGAACGUGUCAGCAGUGCAUGUCCAUUGAUGCCCUGUUUGGAUAAAUAUGCUGCUAGAAAAUCAGAUAUGUAUCGCUGGAAUGGUAAAUGAUUCAGCUUUUAAACAGAGAGCCAAGCUUGCUAGCACCAGAAGAUCUUGGGUUUGCUUCUAGUAUUUCAGGAAUAAAACCUGUGAGAAAAAUCUUAAAAACCUUUUAAGUCUUCUAAUUCUCUCCAGGUUAUUACCGAUCAAAAUAACAAUCACAAAAAAGACAUUAUGGCCUUACCGGUAUUAUUUUCUAUCAUUUGUAUAUUUAACCUGUGUUGGGGUUAUGCUGUUAAAAUUUUCAAAUUAAGGCAAAAAAAGAAGUAAAUUACCACUCUCAUUUGUUUUCUUCUGCAAAUUUUGUAUAUAUAAUGCAUUCUUCUUAGUUUUUGCUUUAAAGAAUAUUUUGUAAAUUAUUGAAAUUAAAUAACAUUUUUAAAAGCAUUUUCAUGUCCAAUAAACAGAAGUAUUUCCUCAACAGUCAAA